CGCCCCCGGCGCCGCCAUCUUGCUCGUGUUGGGACUCCCGCGGCGAGAGGGGCGGCGACCGGCCCGGAAGCGGCUGGACGCUGGCCGCGCUGCCUCCUCAGUUUUUCAUUGUGGCUACUAGAAGAUUUUAAGUCAUAUGGCUCACACUAUAUUUCUGGUGGACGAUGCUUUUAUAGAUGUUCUAGUGAGGAACACAGAAUUAACACGGCUUUCCUUUGCUCAGAAACCAUUGAUGGGAAUUGAAUACCUGUUAACCUUGAAGGUGAUCUAAAUGAGUCUGUGCCAGCGUCUACAUCUGGUACAGAGGAUAGAGAGAUGAAUGAACCGUAGCUUCACCUUCUAAGAACUGACAACAUGGUUGUACAGGUACCAGUUGCCGUGAAGAUUAUUUUCAGUGAAUGGACCUGACUGGACUCUUUGAGCACAUCAAUAAACAUGAGUGGUACCAAACCUGAUAUAUUGUGGGCACCACACCAGGUUGAUAGGUUUGUUGUGUGUGACUCAGAACUGAGCCUUUAUCAUGUGGAAUCUACUGUGAAUUCAGAACUCAAAGCCGGAUCUUUACGUUUAUCUGAAGACUCUGCGGCUACAUUACUGUCGAUAAAUUCAGAUACACCCUACAUGAAAUGUGUUGCCUGGUAUCUCAGUUAUGAUCCUGAAUGUCUCCUAGCAGUUGGACAAGCAAAUGGUCGAGUUGUUCUUACAAGUCUUGGUCAAGAUCAUAACUCAAAGUUCAAAGAUUUGAUAGGAAAAGAAUUUGUUCCAAAACAUGCACGACAAUGUAAUACCCUUGCAUGGAAUCCGCUGGAUAGUAACUGGCUUGCUGCUGGUCUAGAUAAACAUAGAGCUGAUUUUUCAGUGUUGAUAUGGGAUAUCUGCAGCAAAUAUACUCCUGAUAUAGUUCCCAUGGAGAAAGUGAGACUUUCAGCAGGUGAAACUGAAACAACAUUAUUAGUAACGAAACCACUUUAUGAAUUAGGACAGAAUGAUGCCUGUCUUUCUCUUUGUUGGCUUCCACGAGACCAGAAACUUCUCCUUGCUGGUAUGCAUCGUAACUUAGCCAUAUUCGAUCUUCGGAAUACAAGCCAAAAGAUGUUUGUAAAUACAAAAGCUGUUCAGGGGGUGACAGUAGACCCAUACUUCCAUGAUCGUGUUGCUUCCUUCUAUGAAGGUCAGGUUGCAAUAUGGGAUCUUAGGAAAUUCGAGAAGCCAGUUUUGACUUUGACUGAGCAACCAAAGCCCUUAACAAAAGUAGCAUGGUGUCCAACUAGGACUGGUCUACUUGCCACUUUAACAAGGGAUAGUAAUAUUAUUAGAUUAUAUGAUAUGCAGCACACACCCACUCCCAUUGGGGAUGAAACCGAACCCACAAUAAUUGAAAGAAGUGUGCAACCUUGUGACAAUUAUAUUGCUUCCUUUGCUUGGCAUCCAACAAGUCAAAAUCGAAUGAUAGUUGUAACUCCCAACCGAACAAUGUCCGACUUCACUGUUUUUGAAAGGAUAUCUCUUGCCUGGAGCCCAAUUACAUCUUUAAUGUGGGCUUGUGGUCGUCAUUUGUAUGAAUGUGCAGAAGAAGAAAAUGAUAAUUCCUUAGAAAAAGAUAUAGCAACAAAGAUGCGCCUUCGGGCUUUAUCAAGGUAUGGACUUGAUACAGAACAGGUGUGGAGAAACCAUAUUUUAGCUGGAAAUGAAGAUCCACAGCUCAAGUCACUCUGGUAUACUCUGCACUUUAUGAAGCAGUAUACAGAGGAUAUGGAUCAGAAGUCUCCAGGCAACAAAGGAUCGUUGGUUUAUGCAGGAAUUAAAUCAAUUGUAAAAUCAUCUUUGGGAAUGGUGGAAAGCAGCAGACAUAGUUGGAGUGGACUGGAUAAGCAAACUGAUAUUCAGAAUUUAAAUGAAGAGAGAAUCUUAGCUUUACAGCUUUGUGGGUGGAUAAAGAAAGGAACAGAUGCGGAUGUGGGGCCAUUCUUGAACUCCCUUGUGCAAGAAGAGGAAUGGGAGAGAGCUGCUGCUGUGGCGUUGUUCAACUUGGAUAUUCGACGAGCAAUCCAAAUCCUGAAUGAGGGGGCAUCUUCAGAAAAAGGUGAUCUGAAUCUUAACGUGGUAGCAAUGGCUUUAUCGGGCUGUACGGAUGAGAAGAACUCACUUUGGAGAGAAAUGUGCAGCACUCUACGAUUACAAUUAAACAACCCGUAUCUCUGUGUCAUGUUUGCAUUUCUGACAAGUGAAACAGGAUCUUAUGAUGGAGUACUGUAUGAAAACAAGGUUGCUGUACGUGACCGAGUGGCAUUUGCUUGUAAAUUCCUUAGUGAUAGUCAGUUAAAUAGAUACAUCGAAAAGUUGACCAAUGAAAUGAAAGAGGCUGGAAAUUUGGAAGGAAUACUGCUAACAGGCCUCACUAAAGAUGGAGUGGACUUAAUGGAGAGUUAUGUUGACAGAACUGGAGAUGUCCAAACAGCAAGUUACUGCAUGUUACAGGGUUCUCCUUUAGAUGUUCUUAAAGAUGAAAGAGUUCAGUACUGGAUUGAGAAUUAUAGAAAUUUAUUAGAUGCCUGGAGAUUUUGGCACAAACGAGCUGAAUUUGAUAUCCACAGGAGUAAAUUGGAUCCCAGUUCCAAGCCUUUAGCACAGGUGUUUGUGAGUUGCAAUUUCUGUGGCAAGUCUAUCUCCUAUAGCUGCUCCACUGUCCCUCAUCAGGGGAGAGGUUUCAGUCAGUAUGGUGUCAGUGGCUCGCCAACAAAAUCGAAAGUCACAAGUUGCCCUGGCUGUCGAAAACCCCUUCCUCGAUGUGCACUUUGCCUCAUUAAUAUGGGAACGCCUGUCUCUAGCUGUCCUGGAGGAUCCAAAUCAGAUGAAAAAGUAGACUUGAGCAAGGACAAAAAAUUAGCUCAGUUUAACAACUGGUUUACGUGGUGUCACAAUUGCAGGCACGGUGGGCAUGCUGGACAUAUGCUUAGUUGGUUCAGGGACCAUGCAGAGUGUCCUGUUUCUGCAUGCACGUGUAAAUGUAUGCAGUUGGAUACAACAGGGAAUCUGGUACCUGCAGAGACUGUCCAGCCAUAAAAUGUUAUCACCGAAAGAGAAACCUUCAAGUGUGGAGCUUUCUAAUAGAUGUCCUUCAUAGCUCGAAAACAUACCUCAGAACAAGUCACUCAUGACUUUCCUGUAGUGGGAAAAUAAAUCAUUCUAUAAAAUCAGCAGUUUGAUGUUUGAGUGAUUUCAGUGUGCUUCAACAGAGACAAAUACUGCUGAAAUGAACAUCAGAGUGUGGACAUGAAUUCUGUUCAGUAGGUUGAAAAAGUUCAUUUUGUAAGAACUAGAGGGUUUUGUUGAAAUUAUGAACACUGUGCAAGCAGAGUUUCUGGAAUAAUCAAGAACAAACUUUGAACCUGUGUCUUCCAGGCUGAAAUUGGAUAUCUUUCAGUAAAAUCUGUACACUUGAAAAUAGAAUAAAAUGACCAAUUCAGUGAUUCAGAUGACAGUUUAAGCUCACUCAUGCUUAGAUUCCUUUCAGAUGAAAUUGUAGAUUUUUACUUUUAGAAUUGGAUAGCCCAUACCCCACACUGGAAAAUAACUUUUAUCGAGGUAUGGUUAAUAUAUAUUUUUUAAGAAGUCUUUCUCUCAUACACUUUCAUUUUAAGAUAAGAAAUCUUUUGGCACAGACCAUUAUUGUCUUCCUAAGAAAAGCCAAAAUUGAGAAUGUAUCUUACACUUUUUCUCUCCUGAAGCAAAAAAUAUGUACCAUUUCAGGGAAACAUGCUAUAAAAUUUUCAGUUCCAGUCUUUUGCUUUCCAAUGUCCUGAUUUGUCUUCAAAGAUUUCUCUCCCUGUGAAUUCAUCAUCUUAUGCUCAUCAUCUCAGAGCAUUUUACUGAACACAAAGUCUAUGCAAGAUUAUAUGUGAUCACCAUUCAGCAUAAUCUGUGUCAGUAUGUCUUGCUGUCAAAUUCUGUCCUGUUUUGGAAUACCUUUUUUUUUCCUAAGGUAAACUGGGAGAUGCUGGGGAAAAAAGGGUCACUUUGGAGACAAUUUUACUUUAAAUGUAGUUUCUAAAAGUAAGUAUACUCAGGCCAAUUUAGUGGCUUCAUUUUAAAAUUUUAUUUUUUCCUUUUUCACACCUGGAUAGUUGGAAGAGAAAUACCAAGGAUUUGUAGCAUGCUUCUCUAUCAUCUGACAUAUUCAGAGGACUGACCUGAAUUUUGUAGUUGAAGUUGUAUUCCUAGAUAAAAUAAAAGGAAGCCUAAAACAAUUAUUUUAUAGAUUUUGGAGAAAGAAAUAUCUUAAACUAAAGAAUUUUAGGAGCUUUCAUGUUAGCACUUUUACCUGAUGAAAUUAAGGUCUAUUAGAUUAGUUUGAGGUGUGACCUAAAUAUUGAACAAAAGUAAGUUAAGUUUCUUUUUACUUUGAGAUCUGAUACAGAAGACCCUUUUCUAGGAAAACAUUGCAUAUCUACUGUAUUACAUAUUGGCUCUAAACCCUCAUCUAGGUGACAAUCUGCUUUUGAAAUGAAAGAAUUGAGAAUGGUUAGUAAUUUUUUACAAAGAUUUUAUUAAGGGGACUUUUUCCAGUCUUCUUUUAAGUAAAUCUUCCUGAUUUCAUUUUACUAAAACAUUACCUUUACCUUUAAAAUUGCUUGAAGUGUUCCUUUCAAAUUUACUAUGUCCUAAAUAUGAAAAGUCAGCUUUAAGUAAUGUCAGACUAUCAUAUACAUUUUCAUUUCUCCAGAGCUAAAGUAAGAUAAAAUUACUGAAUUUAUAUUUAGAAUAGGGUUAUAUCUAAAAUAUUUAUGAUUUUUGGAAAUAUAAUAAGACAAACAUAAAGUCUAUUAUUUAAAUAAUCUUGUUUGUAAUCAUAUAGGGUGAAAUUUUUAAGAUUAUUUGUUUAUGCCUAUGUGUCAAUCUCCUAAUAUUUUCUGUGAAGCCCAAAUAUUCAUAUGUGAUGUCUGUUAUGUUUGUUUUACAUUUCCCUAUAUGUGGACCAUGAAAAUAGAUUCAAAUUAUUUUUCUGUUUUUGUUACUAGGUCGCUGAUGUUUGGGUUUCUAAACUCAAGAUAUUUUACCUAAACACAUUCAAUAGAAGUGUUUAAUAAAAGUGUUUUUAUUACUUUUCAAAAGUUGAAUAAAUCUGAGUUGAAGUCAA